AUGACCUUGUUAGUGGGCGGUUUUGAGUCCCACGUUUUAUUCGACUCUGGAGCAUCGAAUUGCUUCAUUACACCGGAGCGUGCCGAGAAGAGUGGCAUCCGGAGUAGCGCGGGCGAGAGCGCGGGCAUGGUCAAGGUGGCGGGAGGUGGAUUCUUGUCUACUUUGGGCCGUGCUAGAGGAGUCGAGAUCGAGAUUGCGGGGCAGUCAAUGCCAGCAGACUUAGUCAUCAGUCCGGUGGAGCUGUAUGACGUUAUUCUCGGGAUGGACUGGUUGUCACACUACAGAGUUCAUCUGGAUUGCUACAGAGGUAGAGUGGUCUUCGAGCGAGAUGCAGGGAGGUUGGUUUAUCAGGGAGUGAGACCGACUUCCGGGAGUAUUGUGAUAUCUGCUAUUCAGGCCGAGCAGUUGUUAGUGCGGGGCUGUGAGGCGUAUCUGGCGACGAUUUCUAUGUCUGAGUCAGGAGCUGGAGUUGUUAUGGGAGAUAUUGAGGUUGUCCAGGAUUUUGAGGAUGUCUUUCAGUCACUGAAGGGAUUACCACCAUCUCGAGCUGAAAAGCAGAUAGAGGACCUUUUGUCUAAGGGGUUCAUUCGACCAAGUGUUUCACCGUGGGGAGCACCGGUGUUGUUUGUGAAGAAGAAGGAUGGCAGUUUCAGACUUUGUAUUGAUUACAGAGGUCUUAACCGAGUCACUGUGAAGAACAGGUACCCACUCCCGAGGAUUGAUGAGUUACUGGAUCAGUUGAGGGGUGCUACUUGGUUCUCCAAGAUUGACUUGGCAUCGGGGUAUCAUCAGAUCCCGAUAGAUGAGGCAGAUGUCAGGAAGACUGCUUUCAGGACGCGUUAUGGGCAUUUUGAGUUUGUGGUUAUGCCUUUCGGUUUGACUAACGCGCCGGCAGCCUUCAUGAGAUUGAUGAACGACGUGUUCAGGGAGUAUUUGGAUGUGUUCGUCAUCAUUUUCAUUGAUGAUAUUCUGGUAUACUCGAGGAGUCAGGAGGAGCAUGCGACUCACUUGAGGUUGGUUCUGGAGAAAGCUUCGGGAGCAGAAGCUUUUCGCUAA